UAAAAAGGCUUUGUUCGCCGCCGGGCUGGGCGGAGGCAGGAGGGUCCCGCGGAGGAUGGAGGACAAACCUCCUGCCGGGAUCAAGCCCUACCUGGACAAGCUCACCCUGGGCGUCACAAGGAUACUGGAGACUUCUCCAGGAGUUGCUGAGGUGACAUUUGUGGAGAAGGAGCCAGCUGAACGCCACACCAUCAUUUCUUGGGAGCAAAAAAACUCCUGCAUAUUGCCAGAGGAUUUAAAGAACUUCUAUCUGAUGACCGAUGGCUUCCAGAUGACCUGGAGUGUGAAGACUGAUGAUACUCCCAUGCCUCUGGGCUCCAUGGUGAUUAACAGCAUCUCACAACUGUGUCGGCUGGGGGGCUCCUCCAUGUACACCCUGCCCAAUGCUCCAACCCUCGCCGACCUGGAAGAUGACACGGACGAGGAAGGUAAUGGAGACAAACCAGAGAAGCCACAUUUUGAUUCUCGUAGUCUUAUAUUUGAAUUAGACCCAUGCAAUGGGAAUGGGAAAGUCUGUCUUGUUUAUAAGCAUGCUGAACCAGUUGUCUCCCCAGACACAGAGAUAUGGUUCCUGGACAGAGCUCUGUAUUGGCAUUUCCUCACCAAAACCUUCACAGCCUACUACCGCCUGCUCAUCACCCACCUGGGUCUCCCACAGUGGCAGUACGCCUUCACCAGCUACGGGGUCAGCCCCCAGGCUAAGCAAUGGUUUAACAUGUACAAACCCAUAACCAUCAACACAGCGCUCCUGUCUGAAGAAGCUGAUUCCUUUGUGAACAAGCUGGACCCCAACAAAGUAUUUAAAAGCAAGAACAAAACUCCAGUGCUCAAAAAGAAACCACCUUCUCAGCCAGCAGGCUCCCAAAAGAGUCACACGAGCAUGACCUCUGCCAAAACAUCCUCACUAGCUGGGAAUUCUUCAAGGAAGUGAGACCCCCAGAUCUAACCCUGGACAGCGUUUGCAAUAAGCUCUGGUGUUCUCUGCUGCAGAGUCUCAGUGGUUCAGACCAAGUUCCUUGUGCAUGAAUAGAUGUGCCCAUGGAAAACACAUUGCAACAUUUGCAUGAAAUAUAGCCACGAUGUGGAUGUAGUUCCUGGAGACUCUUAAGAAAAAAACUUGAGACAUUGAUUUUAUUCCCUUGUGCUACUUGCAGCAUGUAUUUUUCAGAGGGCAUGAAGAAGCCCUUGAUAUCACUGCUCUGUAGGGAAGCUUUUGUUCCUGUGCAACUACAGCAGUGAAAUGAAGGCAGGUGUAAGUCACCAUUACUUUAACAGACCAUGCUGCAACAGAGAGUAUGAAGAUAUUUCUGCCAUCUCCUCUGAAAGAAACCUGUCCUGACCUUGCAUGCUGUGGGAGCAGGCUGGAACCUGCUGAACAAAGAAAUAACUUCCACUAAAGAUAGAAUCAAACUCUGCACUUCCCUAUGCUCCUUCCAACUUCUGCUCUGAGAUUCAUGGUACAAGGGGACCUGGGAUGUUGGUGUCUCUGCACUGUCCUAGCUGCUUGCUCUACAGCCCAGACCACCUUUUGGCCUUCACACUGUAUCUUUUCACAUAGUGACAUAGAAUCAUAGAAUCAGCCGGGUUGGAAAAUGCCUCCGAGAUCACCAAGUCCUGUGGCAGUUAGGCACAGACCCACCAGAUUGAGUGCAAGCUGGCAAAUCGUUUAUUAACAGUCAAGCACACGGUUUUAUACUCCUCGAUUACAUAAGAGGUUACAUAACCAUAGAGCACGGGCUAUUUCCCCAACAAUCAUUCUCCAAUCCUUCCAGUGGGCAUGUGCAGUCGAGCACUCUCUUUGGGGGCCUGCUGUGGAGACUACAUUUCCUGUCCUUCCUUGCGAUAAUCUUCCUGUGAGGUGUUAACCCUUUCCCACAAAUCUCCCUUCUUUAUUAUAAUAAGAAGUUACAGAACACUAUAACUCUAAAACCUUUCUUAACAUAAAACAACCUUAUCUUAACUAGCUAUAUAACUCAGGGCCUAAAUCUGAAAGGCCUUUAUUAGAACUAAUUACUCUAUACACUAAGUAACUUCAUUAAUCAUGUAACCUUCAUUAAUCCAGGGUUUUUUAAGGGUUUUGAACAGGUCGCUUUUAUCUUAGGGUAU